UUGUCUCUUCCGGUUAAGGCCAUAUGAGCACAUUUCAUUUAUUGUGGAGCAUAUAUAUAUAUAUAUAUAUAUAUCUCGUUAGUAAUGGGACAUAUUUUAUGACACAAACAUCAUAAUACUGUAUCGAACAGUUUUAAUUUCCAUAUAGCUCGCCCUGAACAGUCUGAGCAGCAUCAGCAAUGGAGGAGAUAGAGGAGACACCAGAGGAGCAUCUGGCCAAGCAGCACCGCAAGGAGAAGAAAGAUAUGCAAGCUAAAAUCCAGAGCAUGAAAAAUGCCAUCCCCAAAAAUGACAAGAAAAGGAGGAAACAGAUGACUGAAGAGAUUGCAAAAUUAGAGGCUGACCUGAACAAUAAACAUGAGGAGGAAUUAAGUCAACUCAAAUCUUCAAUUGACACCAAGGUGGAAGACGUGUUAAAUGGAGUGGAAACCAUGAAGAUGGAGGGUGGAAAAGAAGCAGAAGCAGAAGCAGCAGCAGCAGCAGAAGAAGAAGAAGAAGAAGAAGAAGAGGCCACACAGCCACGUCUAACAAAGGCCCAGAAGAGAAGG